AUGAGUGGUCUACGACAUGGUUUGCUGAAUGACCAAUCGCAGCUUAGCAUUUUACAGUCUCAUUACUACUCCCAUUAUGACCUCAAGCGCAACACUAUGGGUGCCAAUCCCUCUUGUGAGGACGAAUCCUACAAGAUACCCGAUUGGAAGUCUCAGUCCAAUAAGAAGAAGACCACCACUGCUGCGCUUGUUAUGUGCUUAAAUCUGGGAAUUCCACCACCCGAUAUUCAAAAGCCUGCUGAUUAUCCCGUCUUGGAGGCAUUUGUCGACCCAACAACAUAUUCGGACCCGAAAAAGGCCCUUCAGGCAAUAGGUAAGAAUUUACAGUCGAACUACGAGUCCUGCGAAGGGGUGAGCUCGAGAAUCAAGUACAAGCAGUCGCUAGACCCGUCUGUUGAGGAUCUUAAACGGCUAUGCACAACUCUACGCAGAAGUUCAAAGGACGAGAGGAUUUUGUUUCAUUACAACGGUCAUGGUGUUCCACAGCCCACACAGAGCGGAGAGAUUUGGGUGUUCAACAGAGGCUACACGCAGUACAUUCCUGUGAGCUUGUACGAUCUUCAAAGCUGGCUGGGUGCUCCGUGCAUUUUUGUGAUAGAUACGUGCGCAGCUGGAAACGUUAUUGAGAAUAACAAGAAAUUCAUACAAAAAAGAAUAGAGGACGAAGCGAACGAAAGAGCAGAAAAUAAUUCACCGUCCCCAGUGAGUGCGUAUAUCGAGUCCAUCCAGCUUGGCGCAUGUCGAUCUGACGAGAUUCUUCCCCUCAACCCAGAUCUGCCGGCAGAUCUGUUUACUUGCUGCUUGACAAGUCCUAUAGAGAUGAGUGUGAAAUGGUUUGUGCUGUAUUCUCCGUUGAGUCGUCAUGGCUACUACGAGGUUUUGAAAAACAAAGAGGGCGAAAUUAUCAUUCCGGGAAAGCUGACGGACAGACGAACUCCAUUGGGCGAGCUGAACUGGAUAUUCACCGCCAUCACGGACACAAUUGCAUGGACUUCUCUAUCAAGGCCCUUAUUUAAAAGAUUAUUUCGUCAAGAUCUGAUGGUGGCAGUGCUCUUUAGAAACUUCCUCCUCGCAAAGAAAAUCAUGCCGUUGGUGGGAUGCCAUCCGAUUUCUGACCCUCCACUGCCUGACAUCAACCACCAUCCAAUGUGGGAGUCCUGGGAGCUUGCCAUAGACGAGGUUUUGUCACAGCUGGUGAAAAAUAAAUGUAACGACGACAAUGCACAACAGGAGCAGCUGGAUAUCCCGCAAUUGCAGGUUCCAGAACACCAACCGGCGCAAAAUACAGCACCUCCACAUCCAUCCGUGAUGAACUACCAGCAUUCCUCGUUUUUUGAGCAGCAUCUCACGGCUUUUGAGAUCUGGCUUCAAUACGGUUCUUCUGCUAAGAAACCUCCCCAACAGCUGCCUGUUGUGUUGCAGGUUUUGCUCUCACAGGCACACAGACUCCGAGCCUUAAUUCUGCUCUCCAAAUUCCUCGAUCUAGGACCUUGGGCCGUGUAUCUUGCUCUGAGCAUCGGUAUUUUCCCAUACAUUGUGAGGCUUUUACAGAGUCCUGCGCCAGAGCUAAAACCAGUGCUGACAUUUAUCUGGGCUCGUAUCAUGUCUGUGGACUACAAGAACACACAGCAAGAGCUGUGCAAGGACCGCGGGUAUAAUUACUUUGUGUCCAUCUUCACGAUGCAAACGAGACCGCACCUCAACGGAGCACCAAACGGUGGUGUUCAAUUGGAGAUAAACGAUGCGAACUACGACGAACAAAAGGCCAUGAGCGGGUUUAUUCUGUCGAUGUUUGUUCGCGACCACGAGGCCGGACAGAAGCUUUGUUUCUCGAUCGAUCUGAUUAAGACGUGUAUUUUCUACGUUGAAACGUCCGAAAGCCCGCUUCUGAGGCAGUGGAGCGCUCUUCUGAUGAGCCAGUUGCUGAAGAAUAAUCUUGAGGUUAUUGUGGUAUUUUAUCGUGGAAGCUUUGUUGAGAAGCUGCUGCAGAUCAUGAACGACCCGAUCCCGGAGAUCAGGGCAUCUAUUAUCAAUUGUUUCUACAACUUUAUUUAUCUGGACACUGAAGACUCUGAUGACCACGCCGUCCGCGAUGAACUUAAUCGACAAGAGAUCAAAAUUGCCAUUGAGAUUCUGGACAUGAUCAACGACGGGUCGCCGUUAAUUCGCAGAGAAGUGACAUGCUUCUACAGCAGGUUUGUGAUGAAAUAUCUCCAAUUUUUCCUUGUCAGCGCCUUUGGACAGCUGGAGGAGGAAAUCACUUUGGUGGACAACCCAAGCAUGAUCGACGAGGUGCGACGCAAAUCGCCUGCCUAUGGGUCAGUGUUUUCCUCCGUUUGGAAGGCCCUGCUGAUACUGAGCGAAGACCCCCAGGACGAGGUCAAGGACUAUGCCGAGCAAGUGGUUGACUAUAUUCUGUGGAAGCUUAACGAGAGCGAGCUGGGCGAUGUUGUUGGGGCUAUGGAGGACUACUUGCUUCAAAAACGCACAACGAGCAGUAGUGUUGGCAAGGAAGACUCACCACUCCGUCCGCUCUCGACCAAUGGAUCUGCUCCAAAGCUGUGGAACGGCCAUGACUCUGGAAGAAGAGUGCAAUCGGAUUUUGAUCCCCACAAACCACCGUCAAGGUCCAAUCCCCGCCAAACAUCGUCAUCUUCUGCACAGUCACUAACCGAGAAGCUCUUUUCCAAGCUCACAAUCAACAACCUGAUGAAAAACCUGGGAAUUCCAGAGUCUGAUGAGUCCGAGGCCUCAAGUCUGCACAAAUUCAAUUUAUUGAUUCAACAGCCUGCCUCCCUUGCCUACGGAGUUGAGCCCAGACCGACGUCUCCAAGGUUUACGCCCCGUCCUAGAGACCAUGGCAGACCUAUUUUGCCGUUAGUCAGUGGAUUCUUCCAAUACAGUUGUGAGUAUUUCCAGGAACCGCAGAUUGGAAGCAGCGAGCCUGACGAGCCAGGAAGCGAGGAAUACAUAAAAGGAUUGUGGAGACGAAACAGAAAUGAGACCAUCAUUGCCGAGACACAACCACAGAAGGAGCUCUCGCUCACUGGCGACUGGAGAAACCAAAUCAGUUCCUUGGACAACCGUACACAGCCUAAAUUGCUCAAGUUCACUCAAUUUGAGGACUGGAUGGUAACCAGUGACGAAAAGGACAAUAUUACAGUUUUCGAUUGGAGGAGUGAAAAACAGCUCUCGCGGUUUUCAAAUGGGAAUCCUUUUGGCACCAAGAUCACAGACUUGAAGUUGCUUAACGAAGAUGAUAUACCGCUGCUUUUGACAGGCUCUAGCGACGGUGUGGUGAAGAUCUAUAAAUCAUUCAACGAUCCCAGCUCUUUCCACAUGAUCACUGCCUGGCGAGCACUCACGGACAUUUUGCUGACCCCACGGUCCAUCGGUCUAAUUUCUGAGUGGCAGCAGAGCCGCGGGUCUUUGCUGGUCACCGGUGAUGUGAAAAUUAUCAAGAUUUGGGACGCGCCACGAGAAAAGUGCGUGAGCGAUGUCCCGCUAAGAUCGACGUCAUUGAUCACCUCGCUCACCUCCGACCAAGUUGCAGGAGAUAUCUUCGUGGGCGGGUUCCAGGAUGGAAGCAUGAGAGUCUACGAUCGGCGGCUGGAUGCACGUGACUCUAUGGUUCGACUAUGGAAACCGAAGGACAUACAGAGCCGGAGCAUGAUUAAAAACGUGCACAUGCAGCGAGGUGGCCUUCGCGAGCUAGUGUCGGGCUGCUCCAACGGAAUGGUUCAGCUUUGGGAUAUUCGUAAAGACGACCCAAUUGUGCGUUUCCGUGCAUUCGACAAAACCAUGACCACUGCGAUGAUCCACGAGCAUGCUCCAUUUGUGGCAUGUGCUUCCAAGGAGGUUGACAUUUACUCGACUGCUGGCGAAAUGGUGGCAAGCAUUGCCAAUAGCGGGUUUAUCAACACGCUCAAUGGCUCAGGCAGAACAAAUUCAUACGUCAACGCUCUGUCGUUGCAUCCGCAUCGAAUGAUGGUGGCUACUAAUUACAACCAGAGCUCUGCCGUGAGCAUUUAUCAGUGCACCGAGCAUGCUGAGCAUCACUAA